AUGACCGCUACAACAAUCACUACCAAGUCGCAAGAGAUAGAGAUACCCAGAGGUCCCGUAACCUCGACUUUGAUCUUCUAUGCUCCACCACCAGACAACUCCUCACCCUGGAACUACGUAGAGCAACCCNCCGAAGGCUUCCCUCAAAGAAACUACACCGAACACCCCUCCACGGUCCACGUCUCAGAUAUCCGCGGCCAAGAAUCCGCCUUUCAACUAGACACUCAAGGCUUUACCACCGCCUCCAACAUCCCCUCUGCAUGCUCAGACUUUUCCUCCUCCGACCAAAUAACAAAGCUCUACUACCCAGAAGUCGAAGCCUUGAUCUUGGACAAAGUACCCGGAGCAAAGCGCGUAUUUCUCUUCGACCACACGAUAAGAAAAGCAGACGCAAACGCANAAAGACAACCAGUACACCGAGCCCAUGUAGACCAAACCGAAAAAGCAGCUCUUCAACGUGUGAAGCACCAUUUACCCGACGAAGCUGCCUCGUUACUCAAAGACCGUGUCCGCAUCAUUAACAUCUGGCGCCCUCUCAAUGGGCCAGUGGUGUCUUUUCCUUUAGCAGUAGCGGACUCGAGGACUGUUUCUGAGGAAGCGGUUGUGGGGAUUGAGCAUAGGUAUCCUGAUCGUGUGGGCGAGACUGCGGGGAUUUUGGCGCAGGAAGGUCAGGAAUGGUGGUAUUGGAGUGGUAUGGGGAAUGAGGAGAGAUUGUUUUUGCAGUGUUAUGAUAGUCNNAGGGGAGGAAAGAGAAGGACACCGCACACGGCAUUUACGGAUCCGAGGACUAAAGAGGGUUGGCCGGCUAGGGAGAGUAUUGAGGUUAGGGCUUUGGUAUUUGGAUAG